AUGAGCAUUGAUCCAGCCGAUGUUUUUAACAUUAAGGAAUGUAUUGGAAGAGGAACUUUUGGAGAGGUUUAUAAAGCGAUUGACAAAAGAACGAAUGACGUUGUGGCCCUCAAGGUUGUCAACCUUGAAGAAUCCAAUGAGGAUAUCAAAGUUUUGGUUCAGGAAAUUGGGUUUUUAUCUCAACUAAGAUCUCCUUAUAUUACUACUUAUUUUGGUACCUAUCUUAGGGAUGUCUCCAUGUGGAUUUCAAUGGAAUACUGUGGAGGAGGUUCCUGUGCUGACUUGUUGAGAUGUCACAAAAAAUUGAGUGAAGACGUUACGUGUUUCAUUAUCAGAGACUGUUUAAAAGGAUUGAAAUACCUUCAUUCCGAAAUGAAGAUUCAUAGGGAUAUUAAAGCUGCAAAUAUUUUGUUAACCCCGACAGGCCAGGUCAAAUUAGCAGAUUUUGGGGUAAGCGGACAGAUCACUGCCACUCAUGUCAAAAAACAAACAUUUGUCGGAACCCCAUUUUGGAUGGCACCAGAAAUGAUUACAAGAAAGUUUGGCUAUAAUGAGAAGGUUGAUAUAUGGUCAUUGGGCAUUACUGUUAUAGAAUUAAUUACUGGGUCGCCUCCUCAUGCAAGCCAUGACCCGCUUAAAGUGUUAUUCAGGAUUCCAAGAGAGCCAGCCCCGGUAUUGAUUGGCGAUGAUUUUACUGAAGCAAUCAAGGAAUUUACACAAUGCUGUUUAAUAAAAGUUCCAUCCAAAAGACCUUCGGCUGAGUGGUUGUUAAAUCAUCGGUUUAUCAAGCAUUGUCGGAGAAAUGUUAAUGCAGUGGCUUUAAUUCAGCAAAAGCAGGAUUGGUUUGCUAAAAAUUCCAGACAUAAGCCGUGCUCAAGAUAUAAAAAAGAUCCUCUAGUGAAUGAUGUCUACAACGAUGAUUAUAAGACUGCGUUUAAAUGGAGUUUCACUACCAAGAAUUUGUCAACCCCUGAUAUCAUUAAUUAUGAGUUCUCUGAUGAAAUGUUAUUCGAUUCACCCCAAGUUUAUUCCAGUUCAUCAAUUGUGAACACAUCUUCUGUUGGGAAGAACAGUGGAAAAGACAGUAAAUCUGUGCCAUCAAAAAAUUUAUCAUCCCCGGAUACCAACGCUACUACGCCAAAUGAUAAUGUAGAUAUCCCCUGUUCACAAAAAACAGUUAUGACUGGAAAGGAAAUGCAAAUUGAUUACUUAAGAGAUAUUUUACUUUAUUGUUUGAAGAAGGUUUCCAAUAGAGCAAAGACUUCUGGCACGAAAGAAACUGUCCUCCAAUUAGCCAAGACCGUUGUGGAAUUCGAACACCAACAAGUAGGUCUUAGCGAGGCUAUAAUAGAAGAAAUAUGGUUGAGAAUUAAUGGAUUGAAAAAUGAAGGAUUUUUAUAA